UCUCAUGGCGUGCACAGCCUCCUAUAGAGUAGUAAUCAUUCCCCUUGAAAACAGCCCUAGGAGCAGCGACGCUCUGCGAUUCUUCCUUUGGCUGAAGAGAUUGAAGGGUCUGGAGCAGGAGAAGGACUUUUUGUACAAUGGGCUGAGUGUUUUGGACCGGGCUCGUUUCUGGUACUGCCAGCAGAUCGCCAAUCUGAAGGAAAGACAGCAGUGCUUUGACACAGAUGACACUGAUGGUGUUGCUGGGGAUUUCUUCCUCAAGUCUCGUAUCCAGGAGGUGAAUCAUUGUCUUGAAGACUUGAUUUCUGAUUCCGUAAACCAUAAGCAACCGGAUUGUCACCAGCAAGUUUUCAGUUUCCUUAAAGAACAGAACAGAUUACUGAGAAAGGAAGUUAACGAGAAAAGUCAGCGGAUUUCACAUCUGGAAGGAGAAAGGCGUGACCUCUUGAAACAGCUGGAUGACCUCAGAGAUGUUAGCCCUGCCCACAGGGGUCACAUAAUUAACUGAAGGAUGUUCCAGAUCGAUUGUUGUUGCAUUUCCUGUGCUUGAACAACACCAUCUUAUCUCUCUACUCCCAGGGGUUUUUUUUGUUUGUUUGUUUGUUUUCUUUCCAUUCCAUGGAACUUUUUGGUUAUUAAAGUACAAAUAUAUAAUAAGGUAAAAUGAUAGUUGAAAAAAAAAUCCUUCAGUCUGUAUUUCAAGGUGACUAUAUGGCUCCCAGGUGCACUUUUUCACCUUGGAACACAUUAGGUUUUAUAUUAUUCUCAUCGCAAUGCAUUCACUGUUUGUUUGCCUGUUUAGAUUGUCAGAAUUAACCUUGAACCUUGAUAUGGUAGAACUAUGCAGUUUUCCCCCUCAUAAUAUCUUGCAUACAGGUGAUUUGUGUUCUAUUCAUUUUUUAACUUAGGCUAAAAAGUUCUUAUAUAUCCUUAGCACUGGUCCCAUUAUCACUGGUUCCCCUUUAAAUUAAUUGUAUGGAAUGAUUUGAUAUAUUAUUUAACACAGAUUAAAUGAGUGCUGCCUGCUCUUCAUGGUAGUGUAUCAAUAAGGUAUUUAUUCUGAAGUGAUGAAAAAAAUGUAUAUUUUCAAUAUUCUAUCAGAAAUUAGAUUUUUCACCAGGAAAAGUAUAUUACAAGGCUGUGUGAACACUUCACGAAAAUCAUGAAAUCUGUGAUAACUGUGAAAAAAAAACACAGCCUCCCACACUCAUGAUGAACUGCGAAGGGAAAAAAAAGAAGAACACUAUAGCCAUUUUAGGGAAAUUGUGUCUGUGACUGAUUGCAUCUCAUUGAGUCAUUAGUGUUAUUUUGGAAUUGCCUUUUUCUUGACAAAAAAAUCAUUUGAUAAGUGGAAUCUCUGUAUCAUUCACUUUCAUUGACUUUCUUUGAAGUU